AUACAAACAUGAAGUUAAUGCAAUUGGUGGAAAAUUAGUUCUGAAUUUAUUUCGCAAAUUGAAACAAUAAAACCGAAUAAAAUGAAGUUAUUUUAUUUCAUGGUGAUUUUUGCUGUGCUUUUAGUAUCAGUUUUUGCCGCUCAAAAUUGCGGACCUAACGAAGAAUACAGAACUUGCGGAUCCGCUUGCGAGCCAACUUGCGCUCAAAAAAAUCCAAGAGCUUGCGCUUAUAAAUGCAUUCCAGGAUGUUACUGCAAAUCUGGAUACCUUCACAAUUCCAAAGGACAAUGUGUCAAAGAAAACGAUUGUUAGUUUGUAAAUAAAUAAACAUGUUUAAAAGAAAUUUUUGCAAACUCUAUCAAUAAAUAGAAAAAGUGUAAAGUAACA